AAGUACUGUCAGACUGAUAUCCAUGCAUUCCCCCUUCUCAAAGUGGGGCUCUAUCAUAUCAAGUCUCAAAUCAAUCUCAUGAUGGUGAUUGGUGAAUGCGUUAUUGCAUAGAGAGUAGAGACGUCUGUCUUUGAUCGUCUCUUUUAUUAGCACUUUCCUUCUCUUCCUGGCUAAAAAACAGAAUAAAUUUUAAAAUCAAUCGGCAGAGUUUUUCACCUACUGCAACAAAUUAGUAAUAUAGAGGGUGCCCAUUUGUCAGUAUAUACCGUCCUUCCUAGUCAUCGUUCAUACAUAUCCUUUACCCCCUUUACCUUCUCUACUCCACACUCCUCCUUCAGAACUUCUUUUGUUUAGUUUGUGGUUGUUGCCAUAGAUCACUGGCACUGCAAUUCCUCCUCCGAAGUGUUUGAUAUGGCUGAUGCAACAAUUAAAACCAAUGUCCAGGUUCCUGUGUUUUCAUCAUCCACUGAGUUGCUCCAGAAAUUGCAAAAGCAGUGGAAUACUGGGAAAAAACAACCAUACCCAGCAAUGUAUUCUAGUGUUUUUGGUGGAAUUACUCUUGAUCCAGCUUUAAUGGUGAUACCAAUUGAUGACCAUAUGGUUCACCGCGGCCAUGGUGUCUUUGAUACUGCCAUGAUUCUCAAUGGGUAAUUCACACUUGUAUUACCCUUUGAAUAAAACUACUUAUAUCAAAUCAACAGUUUAUUGCAAGCCCGAAUAAUACUGAGAGUUAAACCUGUUAGCCCAAACUCUAUAUUAUACCAAGAAUCAUGAAGUUGGUGUUAGUAUUUUAUUCCUUUCCUGUCUGCUUUGUUACUUGCUGUUGGAAACAAAGCACUAUAAUCAAA